CUCUCUGUCUGUCUGUCUCUCUCUCUGUCUCUGUCUCUCUCUCUCUCUGUCUCUCUGUUGGUUUCAGUCUCUUUCAGUGCUGCAGGGACGCUGAGGUUCUGCUUCCUGAACUCACCUCUGACCUCUGACCCCUGAAGGAGACAUGAGCCAUCAUCCAGAGUCUGUGGGUCCCGGCGAGGCCCUCGGUCUGUCUGCAUCUCUGUCUCCUCCUCCGCAUUGCCAUGGUGAUGAAGAAGAAGAGGACCUGAACAAAGCAUUUGAUGUUCAGUGUUUUCCGCAGAUCUUUGGUCCUGCAGCGGUUAGUCCGCCAGACAAACACAGAGUCUACGACGAGCAGGAUUUUGAAGAUCAUCGUCACUGUUCUCUCCAUGUCCAGCAUCCUUUGUCCAAACCUCCCGCUGACGUCAGGAGGAAGAGGACCAAUGAAGGCAGGAGGGAGGGGAGGAGAGGCUCCGCCCCCAGCGCCGCAGCCACCAUAGAAGAAGACCAGGAGGAGGAGUCCUGCAGUCAGACCAUGGCCUCCAGAGACCUGCCCACCACUUCCACCAAUCACAACACCCUCUCACGUGGCAGCACCAUGAUGAGCGUUGCCACUGACGACGCUGAUGAGGUUGGAGCGUUGAUGUCCGUCGACUUGGACGGAAUCAAGAGUCAGUGA